AUGGAGACGUUCCUAAAAAUUAUUGUUGUGCUUGUGUCCGUGAAAUCAGUUCAUCUCUAUUGUGGUCCAUACAAUGGGCAAAUUUGUAAGCACUAUUCAACGGGAUAUGUCUGGUACAACCACACUGGUGGUCUUGAAAAUGAAAGAAUUACAGCGGGCUUGUGGAAAGAGAUGAUAUCUACAUUAAAAGAACCCUGCCGAAGUAACGCUGAAAAAUUGCUUUGUGCCUAUGCUUUUCCUAAGUGUAUAAAUAGAGAAGGAGUAGGCUACAUGGCGUUACCAUUGUGUUAUGAAGACUGUAUGGCUGUUAAAAUGCAAUUUUGUUAUAACGCGUGGAUCGUAAUUGAAGAGCAGAAACACAGAGGUGUAUUUUUCGAGUCAAGAGGUCACUUUCGGCUUCCCGAAUGUGAAAAGCUACCAAAGUUUGCGGGCAAAGGCGCACAGGUUACAUGCCAUAAUACAGGCAUUACUGAGAUGGACUAUAGUUUAGUGACUACAAAUUGUUAUCAUGGGAAUGGACGUUUCUAUCAAGGAAACAUGAAUGUGACAGAAACUGGGCUAGCUUGUCAAGCAUGGGAAUCACAACAACCGCACCAGCAUACAAGGCCUCCUCUCAUUUUCCCAGAAGUGCAAAAUGCCACUAACUACUGUAGAAAUGCUGGAGGUGAAGAACGUAAACCAUGGUGUUAUACAAUGAACCCUACUGUCAGAUGGGAAUAUUGUGAUGUACCUAUUUGUGCUAACUCAAGUGAAAACCCAUUGGAUAACAAUAAUGGCCCUAUUAUUAUGGAAAACUACUUCACCCCAACAUUUGUUCUAUUAUUGUCUGUCAGUGGUCUUGGUUGUAUUUUAGGUAUAGCAUCUAUAGCUCUCUUGUGCCAUUACUUUUUGAAGAAUCAUUACUCUAAAUGUAAUAUUACAAAUAGAAGAAAUGUGCAAAACAUGGAUAUAGAUUUAGACAAACUUCCCAGCAACUUGGCUUACCACACUACAGGAGCUCAAUUGAAUCCAAAACUAGAAAAGUUGGAGUUCCCGAGAAAUAACAUAAUUUACAUAAGAGACCUAGGUCAAGGAGCUUUUGGCCGAGUUUUCCAAGCCAAGGCACCAGGUUUAGUCCCUGAAGAAGAAUUUACAUUAGUGGCUGUGAAAAUGUUAAAAGAUGAAGCAUCUCAUGACUUACAAUUGGAUUUUGAAAGAGAGGCUUGCUUGCUUGCUGACUUUGACCACCCCAACAUUGUUAAAUUGCUAGGUGUCUGUGCUGUAGGGAGACCAAUGUGUCUUCUAUUUGAAUACAUGGGGAAAGGUGACUUGAAUGAGUACUUGAGAGCCUGCAGUACAGCACCAAAUUAUCCACCUGGUGUUGAGAACAGGGAAGAUCUGCGCCUUUUAGUCGCACCUCUUAGUCAUUUAGAUCUUCUACAUAUUGCAAGGCAAAUUGCUUCAGGUAUGGUGUACCUAUCAGAUAGAAAAUUUGUUCAUCGUGACCUAGCCACAAGGAACUGCCUAAUCAAUGAUGACAUGGUGGUUAAGAUAGCAGAUUUUGGGCUCUCACAUAAAAUCUACUUACAGGAUUAUUAUAAGGGUGAUGAGCAUGAUGCUAUCCCUGUUAGGUGGAUGCCACUAGAAAGUAUUUUGUACAACAAAUACACACUUGAAUCUGACGUUUGGGCGUACGGUGUAUGCCUAUGGGAAAUAUUCUCGUUUGCUUUGCAACCUUAUUUUGGGAUGACACAUGAAGAAGUAGUUAGGUUUUUGAAAGAUGGUAAUGUUCUUGCCUGCCCUGAUAAUACGCCAAGAUGUGUAUAUGAUUUAAUGAAACAAUGCUGGAAUCACCAUCCAAGCGAUCGCCCUCAUUUUAGAGUUAUUUAUCAGACCUUGGACAAUAUUCAAAUGAUUUUAGAAAGAAGUCAAUCGGAAUAA